AUGGUAGGAGAGGAGGUGAUGGCUGCACCACCUGGUGAUUUUCCGGCCAUUUACAACUUCGGUGACUCAAAUUCAGACACUGGCGGCAUUGCAGCAGCUUUUUACCAAAUCCAGGCCCCAUCUGGUCAGACAUUCUUCGGUAAACCUGUUGGAAGAGCUAGUGAUGGCCGCCUUACCAUAGAUUUCAUUGCUGAGCAUCUGAAGUUGCCUCACUUGAGCGCAUAUUUGAAUUCAAUUGGAGCCAACUUCAGCCAUGGUACAAACUUUGCGACAGGAGGCGCAACCAUUAAGAGGAACAAUGAAUCAUGGUUCGAAAAUACUGUAAGUCCAUUCCCUCUUGAUAUUCAGACCGCGCAAUUUCAACAGUUCAAAUCACGUACAACUGAUCUCUACAAUCAAGCCGAGCAACCAUACCGGACACCAUUGACAAGUUUGCAGCAGCAGUUCAAGUACUAUUAUAUGAGUUCUAUUUUUUUUUUUUUUUUUUUUUGUAAUGAAAUUAAUGUGUUCAAUGCUGAAAUGGAUUGUAUUUGGCAGACACUAUAUCACGAAGGGGCAAGGGUGUUUUGGAUACAUAACACAGGCCCCAUUGGUUGUUUGCCAGUAGCCACUGCAAGUGUUAAAAAUCCGAAGCCAGGCGAUCUUGACGAGCAUGGAUGUGUCAAGAGUCAGAAUGACAUAGCCAUUGAGUUCAAUAGGCAGCUCAAGGAUAGAGUGAUCAAACUAAGGACAGAGCUCCCUGAAGCAGCAAUUACAUAUGUGGAUGUUUACGCAGCAAAGUAUGGAUUAAUCAUCAAUGCAAAGAACCAAGAUUCAACAGGAUUUGAUGACCCUUUCAAGAGCUGCUGUGGGAUUCAUGAGAAUGGCCUCAGUAUCCGGUGUGGGAAUAAAGGGAUGAGAAAUGGUAUGGAAGUCUUCGGUGGUCCUUGUGCAAAGCCUUCUACAGCUAUCAGUUGGGAUGGUGUACACUAUUCUGAGGCUGCAAAUAAUUGGGAGAGGGGUAGAGAAGAAUUGGCAAUGUUUCAAGAUCACAUGGCUGCUGCAGAGAAAGCCUAA